AUGCCAGCCAAUAGGCCCUUUUCACGCAACGUCACGAAUCCGCCAUUGUACUUCCGUGCAGUGGAUAACGACUUCCUGUCCGCGUUAUACCUAAUGGCAUGGGAUCGCGCUUUUCAGUCUGAAGUAAAAUAUCUCCAAGAAAUUUACCGCAGACGUCAAGUGGAAGGAUGGCCCAGUCAUCACACAAUGCCUAUUCCGGUCCACUUCCAGAUCCCCAUAUAA